AUGGUUUCGAAAGGACAGGUGGAGAGUUUAACCGAGGAGGUGAUUUGUCCCAUCUGCCUGGAUUUCUUCACCGAACCUGUCAUUCUGGAGUGUGGACACAACUUCUGUCGCCCCUGUGUCACACAGUAUUGGGGAAGGCAGCGGAAAAACGCCUGCCCGGAAUGUAGAGAGGAGUUUGCUAACCCCAUCAUCAAGCUCAAUCGGGCCUUGGCAAAUCUAUCUGAGAAAGCUCGGAAACUAAACCUGAAGCCGAAAGAGAAGGAAAAUAAACGUUAUUGCGAGGAACAUGAGGAAGAGCUGAAGCUGUUUUGUGAGACGGACAAGACACUGAUCUGCGUGGUCUGUGCGACUGCACGGGAACACAGGUCGCACAAUUUCAUGCCGGUUAAAGAAGCCACUGAAAUCUACAAGGUUCGGGUUAAAUCUUCAAUGGACUCUCUUGCCAAAAACAAAGCAGAGUUUGAGAAAAAGGAACAGCAACAGAAGGAGAAGAUUUCUGGAGUUCGGGAACAGUCACACAUCCUUCAGUCCCACGUCACAUCACAGUUUGUUGAACUGCACCAGAUUCUUACCGAGAAGGAGCAGCGCAUACUCAGAGAUCUCAGGGAAGAAGAGAAGAGGAUUUUAAAUCCAAUGGAGAAAAAUCUUCGAGAGAUUCAAAAAAAUUUGAAUUCUACUCAGAAGGAGAUCUCAAGGUUACAGGAACAGUUGGAUCAAAAAGAGAGUGUGAUAUUUCUCAAGGAGGAAGCUUCUUGGAAGAGGAGGAUUAGUGAUGAUGAACAGACAUUGUCAGUGACAGACGGUCUCCUUCCGGUUGAAAAGUUCGAUCAGAUCUAUUUGUUGCACACAUUAUUGAGAGAAAUACUUGAUACCAUUAAUCGAGACUCUGUCACCCUGGAUGUGGAAACGGCGAAUUCGUGGCUCGAGGUGUCUGAGGAUCGGAAGAGUGUGAGACGGACCGAGACCUGGAUGAAUCUCCCUGAUACCGAGAAGAGGUUCACGUACUGGGCUUGUGUGCUGGGAUCGGAGGGAUUCACAUCAGGGAGACAUUACUGGGAGGUAGCGGUGGCGGGGAAUCGGUACUGGAGCCUGGGAGUCGCCGCAGAGUCUGUGGACAGGAAGGGAGAUAUUGGCCUAAGUCCGGAGACCGGAUUCUGGAUCAUCACGCGGCAUGAUGACGAGAUCUAUGUUCCCUAUUCCCCGGAAUCCCGUCUCCUUGACGAUCCCAUCCCCGGGAGGGUGGGAGUUUAUCUCAAUUACGAGUCCGGGAUAGUUUCACUUUACAACGCGGAGACCAAGUCCCAUCUCCACACCUUCACUGGGAAUAAAUUCACGGAGAAACUUUAUCCUUUCGUCGCGACUGGAUAUAGAAACCAGUGGCUGAGUAUCUGCUCCGGUUCCGCUCUGUGUCUGUAA